AUGGCGAGAAAGAGGGUGUACCUUCUUUGGCCGGAACAGACACUCUCAACCGACGAGUUCUUAGCCACCGCCGCAUUUGGCGGCGCAAACCGCGGAGCAUUGCUCACUCCAGCGGGUGCGACACUGGUGGAAGCCGUGGCCGCGACAUCAGAAGUAACGGCAUCGCCUGCUGACGUGACAAAAGCGGAUGGGGUCACGGGAGUCACGGACACUCUUCUGGCAGCUGACGGGUCCCGUUUUCUACAGCUGACUUCCGCUUUUUCCGCGUCGUCUAGUGGCGACGGUGCUUCUGGUAGUAGCAAUGAUAGUACUAACAAUAGCAGUAGCGCGUUUGGCAGCCCAGGCGUGACGCAAGCGCUGUGCAAACUCAAACCCGCCGCAUCGUUGACCAGCAACGAGUCACAGCAGGCGCAGCAGCAGCAGCAGCAGUCCCCGCGCCAGCUGUCGCUCUCGUUCUUUGCGCGGGCCAGCCUGUGCGCGGAGGGGGAAGGGGGCGCGGAAGGGGAGGCAGAGCGGCUGUUGAGGGUGCUGCUGCUGGCAGUUCCGCUGAACGCCUCCGCCGCCGCCACAGCAGGGGGAGAUGCAGCUGCUGGGGGAGGGGCGGGGGAAGGAGGAGCGGGGGAGCAGGUGUGGGCAGAGUGGCGGGUGGGUGUGCCGUGUGGGGGAAGCAGCGCGAGUUUGUCCGGCGCCUUGCCUUGGUUCCACGUGGGACCCCUCCUCUUCCCCCUCCCUGACCUCCCAGAUUCCUCCUCCUCUUCUUCCACCGCCUCCCCUCCUUCCUCGCUGGCAGUGCCCCCAGGGGGAGUGACGCUGCACUUGGUGAUUCGAGGUGUGCAAGACAGUAACAGCACGAGCGGCACUGCCACCGUUACCACCACCAGCGGUAUUGCCAUCGCCAAAAGCAGCAUAGCUGCCAGCGGCAGUGAGAGCAGUAGCAUCGGCGCCACCAGCGCCACUAUUGCUGCGAGUACGGAAGGAGGAGCAGGAGAGGGAGCGGGAGUGAAGGCGGCGGCGGACGUGGGAGGAGGAGCAGGAGCGGGGAGCACGGCUAUCGACCUUGCGUCUGUCAUGCCUACCCGCACUGACCCCUCCCCACUGAAGUCAUUCUCCCACUGGCCGCUCUCCAGCGCGCACCGGCUCAUCACAGCCGGCUCAGCUCGCCGCAAUUCAUCCUCCCUCUCCCUCACCUCACUCUCCGACUUCAAUUCUGCCUCCCUCGCGCUGCACCCUGCCCCCUUCGCCCUGCUCGCCCCCGCCACGCCCGCCUCCCCCUGCCGCCCCUUCUCCUUCUCCACCUCCUUCACCUUCCGCAUCUCCUCCCCCAAUGCCGCCGGGCUGGGCGGCGAGGGCUUGGCGUUUGUGAUGCUGCCAACGCCUACGCUUGGCCUGCCGGGGCCCUCCCUGGGCUAUGGCCGUGUGCUGCUGCCCCCGGGGAGUACAGCUGGUGCUGAUAAUUCCAGCCGGGAGGGCAUAGACUUUGUGAUGAUACCAUUGCCCUCGUUCGGCCUACCACAAGGAGGUAUGCUCAUCAGUUUCAUCUCUUUCUUCUCGCUCCCCUCCCGUGUUUCGUCUUCCUUCUCUUGCCUUUCGUCUUCCUUGUUCAUUGUCUGCUGCUCUUCCUCUGCAUGUCUUGCUCUCUUUUGCUGCUGCUUUGCGUUUCUGCGGUUCUCUUUAUCUUCUGCUCCCCUUUGCUGCUCCCCCUCCCAUGCACAGCAGCACAGGAGCCUCGCGGUGGAGUGCGACACAUCUAAAUCUCUCAAGCACUUCUCCCUCCCCUCCCUCUACCAUCCACAGCAGCACAGGAGCCUGGCAGUGGAGUUUGACACAUCGGCCUCCCUGGAGUUCUGGGACCGCCCCGACCACCACGUGGGGGUGAACCUGCACGGCAGCAUGCUCUCUCUCGCCUCUGCCCCCGUGCACCCCCUCGGCAUUCCCGCCCUCAACGCCGGCCAGACCCUCCUCGCCACCAUCCACUACAACGCCUCCUCCUCCCACCUCACCUGGCUCGGCGGGAACGAUCCGGAUGCAGUUUCGCCCCCCCCGCCGCUGUUGGUGGGAUUCACAGCGGCCACGGGCAAGGGGACGGAGCAGGCUCAGGCACAUUUGGUGCUGGGGUGGGAUUUCCAAGUGGGGGAGGAACACAGCGGCCACGGGCAAGGGGGCGGAGCAGGCUCAGGCGCACGAGCAGCGGAGGAUCCGCUUCCGUUUUGGGCAGCAGACUCGUUCUCCUUCCCCUACAUCACGCCAGCCACUCCCCUGCUGACACGUGGCAGCACCAGAAAACGCUUCUUCGCCGCAGAUCUCUCUGUCGCUGCUGACGUGGCAUCAUCCAGUGGCCAAUCGGACGAUCCCGCCCCCGGAGCCAUCUACUUCCCUCGCCUGGAAGCAGCAGUGGUGGCGGCAGUGGUAGCGGCAGCAGCAGCAGCAGCAGCAGCAGCAGCAGCAGCAGCGGUGACAGCAGUGCAACGGACUUAUGGUCGCCAUCCUUCGGGCAGCUGUUCGUUGGGUUCACCAGCGCUGCUCUCCCUCCCCCCUCUGGCCGCCUGCCUUCCCCCGUCGCCCUCUCCUCCUGGACCUUCCGAUUCACAGGGGGGAGAGGAAGGGGGCGAGAUGGGGGGGAGGGAAGGGGGCGAGACGGAGAGAGUGAAAGAGGGCGAGAUAGGGGGAGGGGAAGGGGGCGAGAUGGGGGAACGGAAAGAGGGCGAGAUGGGGGAAGGGAAAGAGGGCGAGAUAGGGAGGGAGAAAGUGAGAAGGGGUAGCAAGCCAUGCCAUGUGCAAGCUCAUACCUCUGCACUCUUCCCGUUCCCAUCUCCCCCCAACCACCCCACCCCCAACAGACACCAACCCCUGCAAGGCCUCGCCAGUGCUCCCGCAAUUGCCCAGUGGGACCCGUCUCUCCUCCUGCCUCACACCCUUGCUUGCUCUCCUUGCUCUCCUUCCGCCUCCUUCUCAUCACCUUACCCAACAGACACCGACCCCUGCAAGGGUUCUCCAGUGCUGCCCUGUGGCAUGGGUGCAUGCACCAAGGCACGUGCCCCGUGGGACCCGUCUAUCCUCGUGCCCUCCUGCAAGUGCCCCUUCAAUCUCCCCUCCUUCCAACCCUCCCACCUCUCCGGCCUACCCUCCUGCUUCCCUGGUGAGACGUGGAGUGCGGUGGGCAAGGUGUGCAGUGUGUUUGGUAAGCUGGAGUGCGGUUGGCAAGAGGUGGAAUGCCCUCCUGCAAGUGCCCUUUGA